AUGACAGAUCUCAAUCCCACCCUCGACCCUCCGAAAGCCCUGAUAGUCGGCAUAUCCGGGCCCUCGUCCAGCGGCAAAACCACCCUCGCCCGCCUCCUCCAACGCGUCUUCUGCGGGGUACCUCUCGACUCGGGUAAAGCCCUGAACACAUUCAUAAUCCAUGAAGAUGACUUCUACUACCCAGACGACCAAAUUCCAUACACAACAACCCCCGCCGGAACUCGCAUCCAAGACUGGGACACCGUCUCAGCAAUAGACACAACAUUCCUCUCACAAGCUCUUUCCUACGUUCGGAAAACCGGCCACCUUCCACCUCGACUCCAAAGCAAAGAAGACCAGAAUGAGCAAGGCGAGUCAGGCGUUUCAGAGGCUCUAGUUUCUGAACUACGGGAUCUAGUCGGGAAGAGACUCUCUUCUGGGUCGCAUGUGGACACGAUUGCAUUCAUGGAGGGUUUUUUACUCUACGCGCCUCCUAAUGAUGAAGGACAUGUUCUGAGGAAGGUUCAUGGGGCUAUUGAUUUGCCGUUGUUUCUGCCUGCCAGUUAUGCGAAUGUGAAGAGGAGGAGGGAGGGCAGAAGCGGCGGCGCCGGAGCCGGAGGAGGGACAGGGCACCGGGGAAAGGGGGGCGAGGUUGAUCUGGAGGGGGAGGAUGAUCGGCCGCCGCAGAAUUUCUGGGUGGAUCCACCUGGAUAUGUGGAUGAUAUCGUUUGGCCUAGAUAUGUGGAGGAUCAUGCUUGGUUGAUUGUGGCGAAGGAUGGUGAGGGAAGCUUGGUGGAGAAGGUUGGGGAUGGGCUGGAUGUUAGGAGGGAUGUUGGGGUGAGGGUUGUGCCGGGGGUUGAAGCUGGGAUGGAGGAUGUUUUGAGAUGGGCUGUUGGGGAGGUUUUAGGGGCUUAUUGUUCAUAG